CACAGCAGCCAUCGCGAUGUUGAUGCCCAAAAAAAACCGGAUUGCCAUUUAUGAACUCCUUUUUAAGGAGGGGGUGAUGGUGGCCAAGAAGGAUGUCCACAUGCCCAAGCACCUGGAGCUGGCAGACAAGAACGUGCCCAAUCUUCAUGUCAUGAAAGCCAUGCAGUCUCUCAAGUCACGAGGCUACGUGAAGGAACAGUUUGCCUGGAGACACUUCUACUGGUACCUCACCAACGAGGGCAUCCAGUAUCUCCGCGAUUACCUCCACCUGCCCCCUGAGAUUGUGCCCGCCACCCUGCGCUGCAGCCGUCCGGAGACUGGCCGGCCACGGCCCAAAGGUCUGGAGGGAGAGCGACCUGCAAGACUCACGCGAGGGGAAGCCGACAGAGACACCUACAGACGAAGUGCCGUGCCCCCUGGUGCCGACAAGAAAGCUGAGGCUGGGGCUGGGUCAGCAACUGAGUUCCAGUUUAGAGGCGGAUUUGGUCGUGGACGUGGUCAGCCACCUCAGUAAAGUUGUGAGAGGUUGUUUUGUGUUGAAUAAACAUGUAAAGAGAAGAAACUAAAAAAAAAAAAAAAGAA